AUGUCGACCGAACAAACAGUUGCGAAGAAACGAGGUCGUCCCCGGAAGAACCCCCUCCCAGAGACCGCCGCCCCAUCCUCGCCUGCUCCCGCCAAAACCACGACUGAACGCAAAACCGCCCCGAAGACAUCCCCAACAGAGCCCGCCAAACCACGAACAAGGAAAUCGAAGACUCCAGCCCCAGAAACACCCCCACCCCAGGUCGCCAUGCCCCCAACCCGAAUCCAGCCCACGGCUGCCGCCCCGGCGCCAUCUCCAAUUCCAGAAUCCAUUGAGCCGUCAAAUCAGGCCACCAGCGUCCCCCCUCCUUCACCCCGCCCAACCACCUCGCCAACACCACAGCACCGCCCCUCCGCAAUCCUCACCGCUGUCCGCCAACUCUCCACCAAAGCCUCUCCAGCCCCGAAACCCGCUCCCUCCACUAAGCCCGUCUCCCACCCGCGCACUCCCUCCAAAACCUCAACUCCCAAGCCCCCGGCCAAAACGGUCGCCAAAACGCCGCCUCCUAAGCCCGCGCCGCCCACGAAGCCGCCGGCGCCGAAGAUACCGCUGGGUGCGCUGAAUGCGCAGAUUGUGGAUAAUAUCAGUAAGCCGGCGGGGGCGCGGCCGUCGGCAGGAGGGCAGCAGCAGUUGCCCAAGGGGUAUAAGCCUGUGGCGAGGAAGGUGACGAUGGUUAUUGUGGCGUUGCCGAUUGCGAUUGUCACGAGCUAUGUGCUAUGGCAGCGAUUGGUUAUGGGCGAGGAGCAAAAGGUCCUUGUGAGGGCGCCACCGACACCGGUGGUGGAUGUGGAUACCAAAGAAGAGGGGUCGGAGUCAAAAUAA